CAACAACCGCCACACGUUCUGGCAGUUGACAGGAAAAGGAAAAGGAAAAGGAAUGAGAUAAGACUCAACAACUCGUAACGGUAAUUGCAGCGUGGCUGACACCAAUUUGCUGCCGGCAGCCGGCAGAGAUGGAUUUGGCUUUUGCGUCUCCAUUGUACGCAGCAAAUGGAAGGAAACCCAUCUUUGGCACUAAGCCCUUAAGCUCUACCCUUCAUAGAAAGUUGUCCUCCCAGAAAACAUCUCCUUGCAUGGCAACUGUAGCUACCCAGACCAGUCAGGCAUAUGACGUUGUGUUAGAGAACAAAAAGCAUGAUCUACUGAGAGCUAUCCAGGACACACAACGGGGACUCGUUACAUCUACUGAUCAACGCUCUUCCAUUGAGGAGGCUCUGGUCAAUGUGGAGGGAUAUAACAUGGGUUUACCAAUUGAUCUGGUAAAGUUGGAUGGGACAUGGCGCCUGCAGUAUACUUCUGCCCCUGAUGUUCUCGUUCUUUUGGAAGCUGCUGCUAGACUUCCUUUCUUUCAGGUUGGGCAAAUUUUUCAAAAAUUUGAAUGUCGGGAUCAAUCAAAUGGAGGUGUCAUCCGUAAUGUUGUUCGAUGGAGUAUUCCAACUUUGUUAGAGGAACAAGAAGGUGCCACUCUGCUUGUUUCUGCAAAAUUUACCAUUGUUUCUGUGCGUAAUAUCUACCUUCAGUUUGAAGAGAUAAGUGUACAAAAUAUAAAGAUCAGUGAAGAACUGCAAGGUCUCAUAGCUCCAGCAAUACUACCACGGUCAUUUUUAAGCCUACAGAUCUUGCAGUUUAUCCGUGCUUUCAGAGCUCAAAUCCCUGUAAGAGACGCAGGAAGACAAUCAGUAGGAGGGCUGUAUUACCUUUCGUAUUUGGAUGAUAAUAUGCUUUUGGGGCGUGCUGUUGGUGGUGGAGGCGUAUUCGUGUUUACGAGAGCUCAACCUCUCGAUGGAUGAGGGCUACGUUCAACUUGUUUUUACUGAUGGCCAGCAUUUGUACACAACAAGAAAAGCUUUUGAGUUUAAAAAUGUCACUAUGAGGAGUCCAACAUUGAGGUGAUUUUCCAUAUCAAGACCAUUAAUAAGCAAGGCCCAUUAUGCAUUUUUCCAGGUCGUUGGUGUUUUUACUGACCACAUAGUUUUAACAACUCUUGCCACUUCCAGCAUGCAAGGAACGCUCAAGAAAUAUGGAGGCCUCAUGUCCCAUUUUUCCAAUUAUUCAUUCCACCAGACUUGAUUCUGAUGAUGCAAAAUUUAUUGUAAAGUAAAACUAUGUAAUUGGAUAGCCUUGAAACUAACAAUAGGCUGUUCAUAUAGAAACAAACUAUCAUAUUCUAUUCUCAAUUUAAUUUAAUUCAAAUCCUAAUUAAUCGCUCC